UUUUGGCGAAACUAUUGACGAAUGAAAUGAGAGCUUACAAAGAGUUAUGGCGUGAAAUGAAAAAAUUCACCGCACAAAUUUCUAAAAAAUCUAAAUGCGCGGAAAUGAAAGGAACUGAUUGAGAAGAAGAUACAAAUUUGAAAGUUUAUUAAAGCGAAAGACAUUGAAAGUGAAAUAUUAACAGAGCCAUCCAGAGGAGAUCAGAUGUCUGUUUAAAGCAAAGCUGACCUGCAAGUGCAUAUGUGAUUACAAAAAUGACUAUUUUGAAUUGGCUGGAGUACAACCUUCAGAGGGAUCCUUCAGAUAAUGGCAUUACUCUCCAAGAAAUACUCUCCAAGUGCAAUAAAGAUAGAUACAAUUGUGGUCUCGCCCUUGUGGACCGGAGAAGACUUGGACGUUUAGUGAUAAAGUACUUCCAAAUCGGAAUAUCAACAAAGGUCAUGCCAAACAAUAUUCUUUAUAGCUUAAAAUGGAGAAAUCAUAUCAGGGUUAUACCUUUUAACAUUGGUAAUGACACCUCAUUUAUAAAAGAGACUGGCUGGCGUGUUGAUUCAACAACUGAGCAUGCCCUCAUCCUGGCUAAAGUUAUUGACUUAAAAAUUAAUAAUUUAAAUGUUGAGGAGAAAGUUGAAUUUAGAGGUGACAGGUGGUCUUUGAAGAUCAACGAUAGACAAGUAAAUCUGAAUGACAUUGAUGUAGAUGACAGGUAUAUAACAUCACAAGAUGGCAUUCUCACAGUUCUAGCUGUAGUGGAUCAUAUCUCAGUCUGCCGUGGAAAGGAAUUGAAAGUUAAGUUUGCAAACAAUUCAAUCCAAAAUGCCAAUUUGGAAAAUAUCAAUAAUACUUCAAAAAUUGUAGUUAAUAGCACAGAAUGUUUAAUAGCAGUUCCUAUCACCUGUGGUGGAGACACUUGUCCAGCCUGUAAAACAGUUGUAGAAAAUGUAAAGUUUUUACCUCAUGUACCAGAAAAGAGUUCAUCUGAAUGUGGAAUUGCUUCAGAUAAAUCCAUUGCUGAUAUAAAAGAAGAACAUAACUAUGCUAACGAGAGGAGCACUGACUCUCAUCAUGAUCAACCUGAGGAAAACUCAAAUCAAACUUUUGAACAAACUCACAAAGUAAUGGCUUCAAUACUCAAUAAUAUGGAACCAAUGCAACCAAUUGUCAAACAGGUGCAUUCAACGCUCAGUGAAACUUUGCCAUCCAAGAAACAAAGUGGCAAAGUGAAAUCGUCAGCAAUCAAUGACAAAGCGAUAAUAAGAACUCAGAAAACAGCUGAACCAAUGACAAAAAAUGUACAAAGGAUAAUCAAAAAACAACCAAAUCCAGAAAAAAAUAUUUUUAUACCUCCAGAACUGCCGAAUAUUGAUCAUGUUCUAAUUCCUGUAUCUAAUGUUGAUCAUGUUUUAGUUCCUGUAUCCACCAAAAAUACAGAGGAGAGAAUUGAAACUAUGCAACAGAGUAAAGACCAUCAAAGCCAAUCAAAGCACGAGGAACAAUAUGGUCUUGUGAAUUACGUGCAGGGAGUCCCUAUACUGAAACAUGGUGAAGUUCUGCCAGGAAAAGAACAAGACAGUUUUUGUGAUGUAGUGAUAAAAGAUACAGAAUUACAACCUAGUUCAGAACAAUAUAUUGAAAGCCUGAUCCAAAACAUUCUUAUGAAUGAAGGAGAUGAUAAU